AUGUCAGUAAUGGAAAUGGCAUUCACCUUUUUUGCUCUAGGCAUCCUGGAGUUUAUCAGCCUGGCUGUGGGGCUGAUCAGCAUUCGGGGAGUGGACUCUGGCCUAUACUUAGGAAUGAACGAACGAGGAGAGCUAUAUGGAUCGAAGAAACUCACGCACGAAUGUGUUUUCCGGGAACAGUUUGAAGAAAACUGGUACAACACCUAUGCCUCCACCUUGUACAAACACUUGGACUCGGAGAGACAGUAUUAUGUGGCCCUGAAUAAAGACGGCUCACCCCGGGAGGGAUACAGGACUAAACGACACCAGAAAUUCACUCACUUUUUACCCAGGCCUGUAGAUCCUUCUAAGUUACCGUCCAUGUCCAGAGACCUCUUCCACUAUAGGUAACGGAACCUAGUGUGACCUCUGUAACCCAUAUACUUUGGGGCCACAGUUGUCUCUGCAAGCACUAUACUCAUAGCUUUUCAAUCUUUCCUAUCAAUUUAGAUAGCAAAGAAACACUUACUGUUCAAGUCAACCCAACUG